CUCUAUUAACUGUCUAUUAAGUGUUGUUAUAGAGACGAGUAAAGGGCUUAAUACACUUGUUUUAAGAUACGGAGAGCGUGACUGAUAAUAUUUAUAGUGAUUAGCGAAAAGGGGACGGAACAAUGAUGAGUGUUGUACGCGAGUCGCGAGUCGCAAGGCAGUGGGGCGGUGCGCUAGACUACCGUGGCUCUCGGCUCUCAGUUGAGUGCGUGACUUGAACCGCGCGAGUCGUACCCAACACUAGCGCCCUCUCCGCGACACAAACUUAACUCGCGACUCGACUCACUAUGCACUCACGCUGAACACGUGCUCAACGUUUAAAAACUCGUAAAAGUAAACACGUCACGCGUUUUAUCGCUAACGUAGCCCAUUAUGACGCUCCAGUGACGUUUAAUAGGCAAUAAAAUUAAAGUUUAUUCUGAUUGGCGAGGUCGUGUGUUAUCAGGCGCCUGGCGGGCCAUGCCAUAAGUGUUAUACACGUGUGACUGUGAGACUGACAAUGAACUCCUACUUCGAACAGGGCGGCUUCUACGGGGCACACGGUGUCCACCAGGCAAGUGGGGGUGGCGAUCAGUACCGAGGGUUUCCUCUGGGACUGACGUACGCCCAACCCCAUGGGUUGCAUCAGGCCAGACCCCAAGACUCACCAUACGAUGCAUCCGUUGCAGCAGCUUGUAAAUUAUACGCUGGCGAACAGCAGUAUGGCAAAGCUGAUUGCUCGAAGCCUGAUCAGCAGAAUGGCUAUGGAGGAAAAGAGUGGGGUUCUGGGCUUGGAGCGUUGGUGAGGCCAGCCGCUUGCACUCCUGAGGCCAGGUACAGCGAAUCUUCAAGUCCUGGAAGAGCGUUGCCGUGGGGAAACCAGUGUGCUUUGCCAGGAGCUGCCGCUGCUGCGCAACCAGUACAGCAUCAACCCACCAACCACACCUUCUAUCCAUGGAUGGCCAUUGCAGGUGCCAAUGGACUCAGAAGGCGAGGAAGACAGACGUACACAAGAUAUCAAACGCUGGAGUUGGAGAAGGAGUUUCACACGAAUCAUUAUCUAACGCGGAGGAGACGCAUUGAGAUGGCGCACGCGCUUUGUUUAACGGAGCGGCAAAUUAAAAUUUGGUUUCAAAAUCGAAGGAUGAAGUUAAAGAAGGAGAUCCAAGCAAUAAAAGAGUUAAAUGAACAAGAAAAACAAGCGCAAGCACAGAAAGCGGCGGCUGCCGCGGCUGCGGCAGCUGCUGCGGCGCAAGGCCAUCCCGAACAUUAAUCGCAACGGCAACGCGAGCCGUAUGAACAGUCUCUUAGAAUGUGUUUUGUAAAUUGUUUGUAAUUAUUUUCGUUAUUUAAGUGUUGUUCGGUUGUUGUGAUUAUUUUUUAAAUCAAUUAUCACGUAUUAGAAUGUUUUUAAUUUGUAUGAGCAAUUGAUAAAUAAACUGUUAAUGUUAGAAUAGAAACGGGUCGUAUUAUUUUGUGUUUCGGGUUUUGUUUUUGUUGAUUUAUUUUACAUAUUAUAUUUUAAUACGCGCUAUCUUAGAUGUUCGCGUCUGAAAACCAGUGCAAUUUGUAGAAAUCUCUUCCGUGUAUGAUAGUGUAGUUCUAUAUUUGCGUAAAGCGUUAUAUUGUGCGAUCGUAGUCCCGUUUGAGCGUAUAAACUAUAGUUACGUUGUACAAAUUAAUAUAUGCCUACCAAAGAGACCCGGUCUCGUACCCUUAAAGCUAAGUAUGAAGUCAUAAUUCAAUAAGUUAAAGUAAUCCUAUACCAGACUCUUGUGAAAAUCGUACAACAGCGCCAUCUAGUUUCAAUACUCUCGCAUUAUGAUAGUGUUAAUGUGGUUGUGUUCCUGCAGUUAAAUAGUCGGUGAAGUUAACAGAUUGCCAUAAAUAUAAGUAGUAACUCUAGCGCAUUACAGUGUAAAUACUAAAUAGUUAGGAUUAAAAGAGUGCAAGUGAGGGGUUAUGCGAUUGCACAGGCGCCAAGGAAUGAAAGGAAAAAAUCUACAGGAGUGCGGGUAAAGAGAGGCGGGGAAUGAGGGGGGGAGCACCGCCGGCCACCAAACAGGACUAGGUGGUCGUCGCGUUUUAGGUCGCAUCAGCAAUGCUUUGGUAGGUCUUAAACAAUGUAGUCUUAGAAUCGGUGAACAGUAAAUUAUCGAACGGUAAUCUCGAUUAUAUGUCACUGGAGCGAGAUAUCACAGUUAAAUGUCGAAUGAAUUUUUGUGCCAGCCCACACGAACGCUUAGGCAAUCGACUACUGAAGAUUUAUUGUCAAAAUUUCCCGUUAGUAACGCUUACCGAGCACACUCCGCGUAUCACUAUUUCACAAAUAAAAGAACCAGUCGCGAUAUCAUCGUCGACUAUAAAUUAUGUGAUGUAUGAAAAAUACGCUCUCGCUUAUUUAUCGCUUAGCUUGAGUUAUGUAUGUGUAAGUCUCAAGAUAUAUACUUAUAUUAAUUAAUAAGUCGUUGUGUAUGACGAAAUGCGAGGUUGGAACGUAAGUAAUAGAUUGAGUGGGUGUGUCUGGGUGUGGUGAUUUGAGUGUUGCUAUUGUUCGGGCUAAUCUGCUAUCAGUGUAUCGAAACAGUGGCUGUACUACGCUAGGAAUAGGUCGAGUUCCCGCGUUGUCCUCGUGAUAUAUUGUUGAGCAUCUCCCAGCAUAAAUCUUGAACGCCUGCUGAGGGAACAUGGCACGGCCGCCGAGCCUCUCUACGGCUUCAAAUGGAAUUGUAUUUUUAUUUCUCGAGCGAACUGUACCUCGAUUGAAUCAGGCGUUACGUUGCGGCAAUCAUUUGUAAUAGAUUUAAUAUUUCCAUUUCUAUUUCAACUGCAAAAAGGCAACGCGCUUGUGUCUGUUGUGUUUCUGAAGUAUUGGGGGUACCAAUAUAUCUUAUAGUCAGUCUGAAGGAGGUUUGCCCACUACAUCGUCUAAUACAAUGAAUACACCGUUUCAUCACUGUCCACCACUAUCGUGUACGGAGCAUUAUCGUAUGAGACUCGUAUUAAUUACAAUUUCCAUAUGUUAUAUGUUCAUAGCACGCUUAUGGUAGAGCACGUUAUAGUGAGCAGGCUUCUUAAAGAUAAUGGGCGCUGUGCAAUGUAUCGUUGUCUAAUUAAAUCCUUACUAAGCCUCGGUAGCGUAAUAGGUUGAACUGUUGAUUCUCACCUCGGAGUCCCGGGUUCGAUCCUCGACUCCUCUGCUGUUACAAGAGAGUGAGCUGCGGUGAUCACUUACCAUCAGGUGACCCGUAUGCUCAUUUGUCCUCCGCUUUCAUAAGAAAAUCUUUUGUUACUGUAAUAGACAGAUGUCCCAUAACAUGAUAAAGUGCUUCAUCUGAUAAUUGCAUCUAUUAUUUUCUUAACAAAUUCAAUGGCUUUUCAUCAGCCCGAAUCAAACAUACAUAUAUCUUGAAAUUUAUCGAUCAGCGUGUACCGAUGAUUUAUGGCGAUGUGUGUUGCAGCAAAAUACUUAACAAUUGCGAAUAUCGCUGUCAACUAUAAAGUGUAAACCUACCCCGAAGAUGAUUAACGAUUAAACACGUAUUAGAAGUACGUGUGUUAGAACAUUCGGUACCGUGUAUAUUUUUUUGCUUUCCGUUAAGAGAAAGGCUGCCAUCUCAAAUUUGAUCGCAUAUGUACCUCACUAUUUAUCACUAUAUUUCAGUUUAUCUACACCAUGUCUGAUGUAAGUUGGGGCUUCAGUGAGAGCGUUUUAAUUUUUUCUCAUGAUAACAAUUUAAUCUUAGAAUUAAACUAUACGGAAUAAAUAAAUAUCUUGGAAAAUUUGUAUUACUAAUUGAUUAAAAUAAAUUAAUAGUUCUGCCACCCGCCAACUUAUGUAUCACAAAUUAUUUUCGCUUCUUGAUCAUACGCUCAGAGUAUGAGACAGUCAUGUACAAAAUAUGUCAGUUUUGACAACUUGCCAUUUAUUGCAUAAUAUAGAGUUAGUAAGUGGGCAAACUUAAUAUGUAGAUGUAUAAUGUGUAAUUUUGAGCAUAAUUUAUGGAUAGUAAUAAUGUUUUGGAAGAAAAGUAGACGCAGUUGGAGAAAAAGAAUGUAAAUAAUUUUUAUCUUUCGUGAAAAUUCUGGGAAACGAAUGUACAAUGUUUGUAUACGGUGAACAUAUAAUAUGAUAAUUUUAAUGUAAACUAUAGGAAUAUGUUUUCUGGUGGCGUGGUAUAAAAAAUUUAAAUCAAAAUUAAUAUUCUCGCUACAUUGCUUAUUAAUGUUACAUUGAUACUUUAUUAAUAUUGGUAUUUUUUAUGUUUCUGUCUUACUUACCGCUGAUUUUGGUUUGAUAUUACCACGUCUACCGUCCUAAAUACGUAAAUAUGCUUUACAUUUUUACAAAAUAUUCCAUUUAUUAGUCGAUAGCUUAAAUUAUUCUUAGCUUACUCAUAGUCACAUAAAAUGACAAGAAACAAAACUAGUUGUGCCCAGUAUACGAAUAGCUAUUUAAACUAAGGAUUAUUUAGUUAAUAUAAGAUACAGUAGUUGUAAUAUUUUUGGAUUCCUAUAAUAUAUACGUAAGUGUAAUAUUGUCACAUAGAUAAUUAGAAUGUUCUGUGAAAUUACUUGAGAUUCUUUCCAGUUUUAGUAUGCAUUAAAAUGUGCCAAAUUAUUUAUUUUUGCCGUGUCGUAUGAUAGUUCCUUUUUUGCAGUCAAUCAACUUGGUUCUAAAGGUAGAACGUUCCUUAGGAUUAAAAGAAAAAUAUUAUGCAAUUAUGUAUUUUAUUGGAUGGUUUCAAUAUAAUUAUAGGUACAUACCAUUACUGAUUCGAAAAUAGAUAUGGCAUCUAUCGAAAAGACUACUCUUGACUUGUCAAUAUUGGCUCGUUUGCAAUGAAUAUACAACAACAUUAUGAUACUUAUGCCCGCGUUUUCGUCCGCGUGUAAUUCGGUUAAAGCCCAAACACAUGAUCGGAUUUCGUACGGCCGAACGAUCGAACCAUAUUCGAAGGUUAUUACUACCGCCCGGAACGUACCCAGGAAGACGCCGGACCAAUUGGUGCGAGACGCCUACCGGACCGACCGAUGGCCCUACCAAAACCGACCAUUGUUUAGGCUAAUGGAUGAAAUGCAAAACUCGGGAGCUGUUCACAAUUUCUAGAUGAAAUAUAUCCUCUUAUUAAGAUAUACUCAAUGUCAUAAAAUUUGUUCGCUUAGUCGAAAAAGUAAUAGACAGAAAUACUUUCAAAUUUAUAAUAUUGAAAAGUAUGGAUAAUGUUAUUUCAAAAUCGCAUCAUACAUUUAACAGAAAAUAAAUUACUCUUAGUUUUAAUUAAUUAUUUGAAAACAAUUCAGUUUAAUUGAUUGACUGUAUUUGAUGAGUAGUUAGUACUUAACUAUAUGAUUUCAUUAACAUUAUUUCAACUGUAUUUCUCGGAAGAAUCUCAGUUUAAUCUCAAUUUAGUUCGACUAAAUUUUGUAAAUACUUUAUUAUUUAUAUUGCUUCUUAACUUAAGAAAUUAUUGAAAAUAAUUCACUUGUUUUAAUUUUAUCACGCGUUCAGUUUGUAUACGAAUUUAUUUUGAGAGCGAUUAUUUAUUUAAUAAAAAACUUCAUAAAUACGUAAAUUUUGUCAUUAAGGAAGCAUUUCUCAUACGUAAAUAGUUAGGGCGAAUUUAAGUGUAUCAUAUAAAUUGAUUAAUGUUAAUAUUAUAUAGUAAUACGAAUAAAUAACUUGAAACUCGAACUAUUAGUAAAAUACUAUAAAUGUUUGCGUUUUUAUUGUAACAGUGUGAAAUUUUUUGUGUAAAAUUAAACUUUAAUUAAUUGUCAUCAUACAAUAUAUGAAUGAGAAACGAUAAUUUUUUGUACAAUAUCAGCCUAUUUAUAGUGCAAGAUGAUUAUGCAUAAAUAAAAUUCUGUUACUGUA